GAGCGGAGUGACCUUCCUCCUCCUCAGUCUGAGAGCAGCUGCAGCACGACCCGCUCCCCGCUCCGCACUCCCCACAGCCUCAGACAUGAACAACAACCUCAUUGGAGAUGAAGUCGGGAAACUUUUUGUGGGUGGGUUGGACUGGAGUACGACACAAGAGACACUGAGAAACUAUUUCUCACAGUAUGGAGAAGUAGUAGAUUGUGUUAUCAUGAAGGACAAAACUACAAAUCAGUCGCGAGGCUUUGGCUUUGUUAAGUUCAAAGACCCCAAUUGUGUACGGACAGUGCUGGAGACAAAGCCACAUAAUCUCGAUGGAAGAAAUAUUGACCCGAAGCCAUGCACUCCCAGAGGAAUGCAGCCUGAAAAGUCUCGAACCAAGGAGGGCUGGAAGGGCAGCAAAGCUGAUAGCAAUAAAUCAAAGAAGAUAUUUGUAGGUGGAAUCCCCCAUAACUGCGGCGAGCCUGAACUCAGGGACUAUUUCAAUAGAUUCGGAGUGGUCACAGAGGUGGUAAUGAUCUAUGAUGCGGAGAAGCAGAGGCCCCGAGGUUUUGGAUUUAUUACUUUCGAGGCCGAACAAUCAGUGGACCAGGCUGUCAACAUGCAUUUUCACGACAUCAUGGGCAAAAAAGUGGAAGUAAAGAAGGCUGAACCUCGUGACAGCAAAGCCCCUGGCCAGCUUGGCCCUGGCCAGUGGGCACCCAGGGGCAUCUUGAGUGCAGCUAAUGGUUGGACAGCACAGCCGGCCCAGGGUUGGCAACAGACUUAUGGGCCACAGGGAGUCUGGGUGUCCGCUACUGGCCAGCCCAUAGGUGGGUAUGGACCUCCGCUAACGGCAAGCCGGGGAACCCCCACACAUCCCCCAUCACCCUUUAACGCAUUCCUGGUCACAACCCCAGCGGGCAGUUUUGCUGCACCUCAGGGCUAUCCUCAACAGGGCUACACAACAGCACCUCAGUUUGCAGGUUACAGUUUUGCCACACCCCAAGCAGACCAGUAUGCUCAACAAGUUCCUCCUCCACCCACCACUCCAGGAACGGCACCGCUAGGCUUUGCCCCCGCCACCACUCCUACUCAGGACUUGAGCAAAGCACCCACUGGGCAGCAUGAUUUCCCUUAUAGCCAGUAUGGCUUGGGUAACUACCCUCAGGACCCCUCUGCCUACGGACCAACGCGUCCUUCUCACAAUUAUGGUCAGGAUGAGCAGGGAGGAUAUAGUGCAGGGUACGGACAGGACCUGACAGCCUUUGGCCACAGCUUCGCAGACCCCAACCAGCCGGCUGCCUCAUACGGGGCCCCAUCUGCGCAGCCCGCCACCGCUCCCCAACCCACUGCAAAUGCAUUUGGCAGAGGGCAGAAUCACAACGUACAGGGCUUCCACCCCUAUCGACGCUGACCACCACCUCAGGGUGGUGCCAUUGUGUAAAUUUCAGAAAAAAAAAAAAAAAAAAGAAGUCAGGGAAGUGUGUGUUCUUGCUUAAAAGCGUAACUGGAAUUCUGGAUUGUUUGUUAGGAAUGUUGAAUGCACACAGUUUGUGAAACGAGAAACAUUUUGUGUCAGCAGGGAUUCCAGUGUGUUUAAAGGUGUGCAAAGACACCCAUUUUUUUUCUUUGCAUAAAUUAAGCAUCAUUCAGCAGAGAGAAGCUUUUUAUUACCCCAACCUCAACCCAUGUUUUAUAGUAGAACUAAACUACUUUGCAAUAAUUUUGAUUGUCUGUUCAAACACUAGCACAGAGACUAUAUGUAAAGAGACUUGCAUUUGAAUAUGUAUAUUUAUGAUGGACACAAAUGAAAACAGGGUCUUAACUUUCCUCAGCUUUAAAAUCUAGGGAAAAUGUUUUUAUUUUUCAUUUGGUGAAUUUUUGUUUACUUUCUGAGCCUUUAAAGUUUGUUUAAAAUGGAGAUUAUAAAUAUAUAUAUACAUAUACAUAUAUAUAUAUAUUAUACACAAACUGUGCAAUUUUUUAAAAUGAAAAUUUUGUACUAUAAAUGUACACUUUGCUUGUUUUUUUUAUUUUAUUUAAAGAUGUAGACUUCCCUCAGGUGGCUGUUUUGGGUGCAUUUUUGCACUUAUGCAAAAAGAAAAAAAGGAUAAAUUUAUUUCAAAAUAAAUGUUUUACGGAUACAAUCGUUGUCUUUGAUCUUGAGUGAAUUGUACGGACUGCACUGAAGGGCUGAGAUUAUGUUAAAGAAUUAAGGCAAUUCAGAAAAUUGAACCGAAGCAACUUGAUCAUAUUGUUUAUGCAGGGAUAACAAUAUCAAGGCUUGUUGGUAUCUUUAUUAUUAUUUAUACAGUCAAAAAUAAAUGAUGUUUUCAGAUUGAUCACACAAAAUGUUAAUUUGUAGACUUUUUCUGUUUCUGGGUGGAUUAUGAGAGUUUGGGCCCCUCUGCAGAGCUACAAAGGAAAUGCAAAACAACCACAAACCAACAAUUUACAAUUCAAUGGCUGCUGUGUCUCCAGCUAUGUAUCACACACACAUUUCUUUUUAUACACGCAUGCAGAUAGAUGGAUGGCAGACUCAUUAAACCUGAGGAAACAAGAACAGGGGUCUCU